CACUCCACUCAAAGCUUGAAGACGUACGGCCUCCAUGCAUGCCAGGGUUUGGAGUUGUGUCUUCCUCCUCGUUUCUGCUUUGCUUUCCCCUGAGAAAUGACAUUCUUCUUCGCCUUGCUGCAGCCACCUUCUGCGACUGUGACUGGUGCUUGAUCUGUGGUGACGCCAUCGCCUCAUCAUGGUCGUGAACCUUGGUCCAGAAGGCUGUUCGGAUGGCUCGGAAAGAAGUUGACAUCCACUUGAAGGAAGUAGGGUAUAUCAACUGCUAUGCAUUUUUCAUGGCCUACCUGUUGAUGGCCAUUAGGGGGCUGGGCUACCUCGUCAUUACCUGGUCCACCGUCGUUCUCCUAGGCGGCUUUGUCUUGGAUCUGGGGAAGAAGGACUUUUGGUCCCUCACCAUCAUCACCCUCGUCCUAACACCUCGGGUCUCUGCUGAUGUCGGUCUGAAGGAGAAGCUAAUGGAUAUUUGGUACUCGUUCCAUGGCCUCUACCGUACUAUAUUUGCCACGCUGGACACCAAAAAUUCUAUCACCCUAGCAUAUUGGCCACGCGGACUGCUAGCAGUUGUUGUGUGGUUGUGUCACCUGCUCGUGGCUCCUAUAGUAGUGGGCCCUCUAGCAGCUCUCUACGUGUGUGGGCCGCUGUUGAGCGCCGGGAUUUCUGUGUGGCGUCUAAUAGAACAUGACUACGGCGACGUCAUGAAGGAAGAAGGUUGCUGCAACUGCAUGAAGGAUGAAGAUUCACACCUGCAGCCGGCUCUGAAUGUCUUGUACACACUAGCUCUGUUGCAGGGUUUGCUCUUCUGUUACAGGUUUUACGUGUCUUUUGCGCGAAAAAGGCUAGUGCGUGAUGUCGCGAAAGAGUACAACAUGAGCAAUGACGAACAAUUGGUGAAGGCUGUGAAGAAGUACCUGAGUGAGACGGUGAGCAGGUGCGAGAAGGACCCGGCUUUCUUCAAGGAAACAAAUCUGGCCACGUACGCCGUUGGAAUGAUCAAGUCCAUCGAAUCAUUGGAAAGCUUCGUUUCUGGGGCAAGGAUUCUGGACGUCCUCUUGAACUACGCCCUCACCGUAAAGGACAAGCGACCGCGUAGACUCACGGAAGAGAAGCAGAAGGCGCUCACAACAGACCUCAUAGGUUUGGCGUCCACCAGCCAUGUAGUCAAGAAAUUGCUGCAGGCGAUGGAUUCCACAAGCCCACACGGCGUGGCAAUGAGGGGGAUUGCCGCCAACAUAUUGGCGAACAUUGCCGGCAGGACUCCUCUGAUGCAAUUCCCACAAGUGAUCCAGAGCGUAGGCUCGCUGAUCGACAUCUCUCAGCAGCAACUUGAAGGGGAAUGUGCCGUCGCCAAGCUCCAAAGUGGACUACAGGAAGCUGCUUAUGGAGAAAGGCUUCGAUAUCCUUCACAAGCUCGCCGCCGACAAAGAAAACUGCAGAGCCAUAAGCAACUCCCAGGGCCUACGGUCCAAGGCUGUGGCGCCUGUACGCUCCGACCUGCUACAUCUCAUGGACCAUGAGGCAUGGUCGACCACCAUCGUAGACAAGUCGCUGCAAGUCAUGGCCAGCCUCGUGGCUUCUCCGGGAGAGACUGGUGCCCAGCUGCGUAACCAAAUCUCAAGUGACAAGGAAGUGAUCCAUGGCAUGGAGAGGAUCCUAAGAUGCUGUGGAUGCAGUGAACAUGUUCGCAUAUUAAGCAUUGAGAUUCUCACGCACCUGGCCAUGGAUGAGGAGGAGUCACUGCGUGUCAACAAGGAAAGCAGAGAAAAUUUUAUCAGGAUGCUCCCUUCCAUCCUCACUGAUGACGCCAAAGAAUGCUCCAUUAGAGAAUUGGCGGGUGAAGCACUGGUGAUGCUAAGUCAAAGUAAAAGCGACGCUGCCAUCAUCUUGAAGGCCAACGAUCAUAUUCUCCGUGAUCUCACUAAAAUCCUUUGAGACGUUGCAGCCAGCAACACAAAUCGAAUUAGUGCAGCAGAAACACUGAAUCAUCUCUACUUUCAUUACAAAGAGAAUGCGGCCUAUCUCAAGACACUCAAGGAACCCAUGGAGGACGUGAUACCAAAGGUUCUUCGAGAAAUACUACCUCUUGUGUUGAAAGGAAAUGAGACACAAGCAGAAAACGGAAGCCCAAGUUUUCCUUUGCUAGGUCCCACUGACAUUGAAGCCCAAGUUCGUGCUCUUCAAGAUGACGGCCGUACCAACAACACUUCAACUUGUCAGCAAAAUGAUGAGAAGAAAUUGCUCGCAGCUUUACUAUCUCUCACUGCGGCAAUAUUUGACAAAUUGAUCAGCCAACAUCCUAAUUUGUUUGAACUGGUUGAUAAAAUUUCCCCUGGAGAUUCUGCAACAAGCUUUGCCAACAAGCUCAACGGAAUGGUGCGGGAAAACAGUGAACCCAUGGCAGGUUGCCUGAGCAUAGUGAAGAAUGCCAGCAAGAUGGCCAUAUCAAUGCUGAACCACAAUGACAGCUACCUCAAAGAACACUUCUUGAUGAUCUUCAUACAAUCUUUGGCUGAUGCUUGCAAGAGCAUGUCAUGUCUCGAGAGUUCUAUGAUUUUAUAUAGUGCCAAUGGUGGCGCAGUGAAGCCUCACAAGACACUCGCUUCUCUACUGAAAGAAGCACAGGAACUUGCAGGCUCAAAGGAGCAACAAGAGCUGUGAACUACAUGAGCUAUGUUUGUCCCUGGAGGCUGGCCGAUUGGUUAGAAUAAUUUCGUGGAUCGGAUGAAAAAUAAAGUUGGCAGAACCAACUGCGGUAUGUAUGUGUGUCUGGGUUGGAAGGAACUGCUAUUGUGCUUAGUACGUAUGUGUGUCUGGGUUGGAAGGAACUGCUAUUGUUCUUAGUACGUAUGUGUGCCUGGGUUGGAAGGAACUGCUAUUGUGCUUAGUACGUAUGUGUGUCUGGGUUGGAAGGAACUGCUAUUGUUCUUAGUA